GAGGUUUCUGGAAGAGUACACAGCAUAGACCAAUCGGCUGUCAGCAGCAAUAUCAAGGUGGGUGACCAGGUGAUGGUAUAUGCCAUACAUGGGUGUGGAGUUUGCAGCAGAUGUAAGGUGGACAAACCUACCUACUGUCUGAACAGGGUCAGGAAGGCUAUUGGGUUCACAGAAGAUGGAGGAUUUUCAGAUUUUGUGACUGUAGCUGAUGUGAGAAUGUUGAUGCGGGUGCCAGAAACAGUUGCCAUGGAUACAGCAUGCUUGUUGCCAUGUUCAGGACUGACGGCCUACAAUGCAGUCAUGUCUGUUCUCAACACUGUGGAGGGGUUUGUCAAGGACCAUGGAGUUCCAGAAGACUGUGCUGUGUUACUGGUGGGAGCAGGGGGCCUUGGCCUGUGGGCUGUCCAGAUCGCAAGGGCAAUGCUGCCUGAUGGAGUUAGGGUUGUCUGCGCUGAUAAAGAUGUAAACAUCAUUGUCUAA